AUGGUGAUGGUGUAUCGGGGUUUGGCACAGUCAUUCGUGCGGGCUAUCGACUCUAGUAUGGGUAGGCUCGCCUACCUGGCGGCUUUUAAACUUGAAUGGAAAAAGUUUGAAGCCUUACCGUGGGAAAAGAUGUGUGAGCAGAGGAAUAUUCACGUCAUCUUGAAUGAUGGAGCUACGAUAAUCCCUUCGGCUACCCACCUCCCCUUGCUACUUCUAGAGUCGAAGGCCCUUGACGUUCUUGUCAUACAGGCUAAAAAGUCCAAAGCGUACGUAAAGCAGCUUGGAUAG